AUGAUCUUUAUUUUAUCACGUAUACGUGUUGAUUAUUUCUUGAUACGAACAUCAAUUCUUAAUCGUAGAUUAUCAAAUCUUAAUAUUAACGACGAAGAUUAUUCACUUUCAACAAUUAUGACUGAUAGUGUUCAAGUAAAAGAAGGCAAAGCGAAUAUUCGUUUACCUGAGGGUGCUGUUUUUUAUAAUCCAGCUCAAGUAUUUAAUCGUGAUUUAAGUGUAGCUUGUCUUCGACUUGUUUCAAAAUAUCAUCAUGAAAAUGAAUGUAAAAGAAUGUUAAAGAAUGAUCCAAAUGCAACUUGUGUUCCAUUUGAUCAAUUAACUGCUGGUGUACGACAAGAAAAUGGUUUAAAAAUUGCUGAAGCGUUAUCAGCCACAGGACUUCGAUCUGUUCGAUAUGCACGUGAAAUACCAGGUAUUGAUACAAUCUAUGCGAAUGAUAUUGAUGCCGGAGCAGUUGAAUCAAUAAAACAAAAUAUUGAAUUAAAUGAUGUUAAAAAUCUUGUUCAACCGAGUCAUGAUGAUGCUAUGAGUUUAUUAUAUAAUCAUCGAAAAAUUGACGAACAAUUUCAUGUUGUCGAUUUAGAUCCUUAUGGUACACCAGCACAAUUUCUUGAUGGAGCAGUGCAAUGUAUAAAAAAGAAUGGUGUUAUUUGUAUUACAGCAACUGAUAUGGCAUCAUUAUGUGGAAAUAAUCCUCAUAGUUGUUAUUCAAAAUAUGGUUCAAUACCUUUACAUCAACCAUUUUGUCAUGAAUUUGCAUUACGUAUGAUACUUUAUACAUUACAUUUACAAGCUGCUCGUUAUGAUCGAAUAAUUGAACCGUUAUUAUGUAUGUCCAUUGAUUUUUAUGUACGUCUUUUUGUACGUAUUAAUUAUGGAGCUGCUAAAGCUCAGAGUCAAUUAGGUGACAUUGCAACUGUUUACAAUUGUAUUUAUUGUACUUCAUUUUAUUUUCAACCUUAUGGACAAGCAUCACUUGAUGAACGAGGUAAUGCAAAAUUUAAAUAUGCACAUGGACCACCAGUUGGUACAACUUGUUCACAUUGUGGAUCGAAUCUUCGGGUAGGUGGUCCAAUAUGGCUUGGACCAUUAUUUGAUCAUUCAUUUGUUGGAGAAUUAAUUACAUCCAUCGAACAAGCACCGGAAGAUAGUUAUGCUUAUCGAGAGCGAAUGUUAAGUAUGUUACAUGUUGUUCAAGAAGAAUUACCUGACCCAUUAUAUUUUGAUAAUGGAAAACUUGCUCAGAUUAUGCAUACACAAAUGCCACAAAAUAAAAUUUUAAGAUCAGCUUUAUUAAAUGCUGGUUAUAAAGUAUCAACAACUCAUGCUCGUCAAGAUGCCAUAAAAACAAAUGCACCACAUGCUGUUAUUUGGGAUAUAAUGCGUGCAUUUGGUGAACAAUCGCCAACAAAACGUGCAGCAACAGAACGAUUGAAUACUGAGACACCUUAUUAUCGUCUUUUAACAAAACCAUCAACAAUUAAAGUUGAUUUUACUGAACAUCCUGAUUGGGAAUCAGAAGCUCGAAAAAAUAAAUUAAUUCGUUUUCUUGGUAAUCCACAUGCACGAUGGGGACCAUUAGGAAAAGCAGUAACAAAGAAAAAACGUUCAAGUGAUGAAAUAGAUUCUACACAAAAUAAAAAACAAACAAAAUCAGAUGCAGAUUCAUCAUCGGAAGAAAAUGUGUGA